UGCCCGGGGGGGCCUCAGCGGCGGCCCGACCCCCGGCCGCCCGCACGGAGCCCAGCCGCAGGUGGCGGCGGUUCCCCGCGCUGCCGCCGCCCCCGCCCGCGGCCCGGCCGCGCUUCCGCCCGCGUCAGCUGACUGCGGUGAGGGAGCGGCGGCGGCCCCGGCCCGGCCGAGCCCCGCGGGAGCCCCGGCGCAGCCGCCCCCGCAGCCAUGGCAGGGGUCGUGGUGAGCGGAGCCCAAGUGUCCUACAUUAGUCAAGACUGUGAAGAAAUUCCAGAAUUCCUAGGAAGAAAAUAUGGACAUAUGGCAAAAAGGCUAGAUCUUAGCUUCAACUUAUUAAGGUCACUAGAAGGACUGAAAACGUUCAGUUACUUGGAGGAGCUGAUCUUGGACAACAAUCUACUCGGAAAUGACCUUCUGUUACCCAGGUUACCCCACCUCCACACCUUAAUGCUCAACAAGAACCAAAUAACAGAAUUGGAAAGCCUUUUGGACCAUUUGGCUGAAGUUGCGCCAUCACUACGGUAUCUCAGUUUACUUGGAAACAUGGCUUGCCCAAAUGAACUGGUCUGCAAAGAAAAGGAUGAAGAUGACUACCAGAGGUACAGGUAUUUUGUCCUGCACAAAUUGAGAAACCUGAAAUUUCUCGAUACUCGGAAGGUAACCAGGAGGGAGAGAGAGGAAGCCUUGGUAAGAGGUGCCUUCAUGAAAGUGGUUAAGCCCAAGGAUGCUAAGGCUUCCAGUGAUGCUGCCUCCACCUCUCCAGAGACCCACUACACACCUCUGCCGUCAGGAUCCAGAGACCUCACCAACCACAGAGGCAUUUUGGGAAAAUGCCGCUACAUUUACUAUGGAAAACAUUCCGAGGGCAACAGAUUCAUCAGAGAUGACCAGCUAUAAAACACAGUGUUGGUUUGGGCCUCUUCGAUCCCUCCACAUAAGAAGCACAAAUUGCAUCUAAAUUUUAAGCAUGCAACCAAAGUCCUCUAGUGCCUUCUGCUGACUUUGCCAAGCCUGUCAAGAUCAUCCUUCUAUCUUAGUCUGAGUAGUCACAGAGAUUGACAUGAUUGCCUUUAAGCAAGUCCCAUCCACCAGUGUGACAGACAGCUGCAGCCGAGCACCCAGCCUGACAGGAGGAGCACCGUGAUGGAUUGCCUGGUCCAAUUGCUGCUCACAGAAGAGCAGGGGUCACACCUGGGGCUUCAGUGAGCAUGCUCCAUCGGUCGGCGCCUUCGUAAAAGCAGCGCGUUUAUCUCCAGCUUGCCUGUUGAGCGAAAGUGGCUGGCAAUAUCAAAAUGUUUAGAAAAAGAGAGAGGCUAUAAUUUCAAAUGAAAAAGCCCUUAUCUGUCCUUAUUUUUUUCAUGUGAAUUAAGUGCUCGUGUUCCUGUCCUCUUGCACAUGCUUACACAAAUCCUUCCACAGUGGUAUUUUUUUUAUUUGGUGUGUCCCCCCCUACCCCCACCCCUAAAUGAGCCUAGGUGGAUUAUUUUUUGUUCCAACAGGGGAAAAAAGUACAUGCUGGAAAUAUUUUGGCCAUGCAAAGUGCUAUCAAUUUGUACAGUUGUCUAUGUGCAAAAGAAAAUGAUUAAGCAAUUUUGCAGACAAACAGAAUUUUCUAAUUUUAAAUACCAUCUCUACAUUUGCUAACUCUGACCUUCAGUAAAGCGAUCAUUUUUUAAUGCUGUGGAAUAGUGGCACGGCUUAACUGAAUAUACUUGGAAGAAGCCCUCGAUUGUCGUAUUUACGGUGUGUAUUAUUCCUGGUUUAUUGCAUGAGAUAUUUUUAACUUGUACAGAGAUUACAUUUAGAAUUAAAUGCUUAAAUUUGGAAAGAAAAAAGUGCUUAAAAGGAGUGAUAUAAAAUAAAAUUGCCACCAGGUGGGUAUGAUUAUUCAGAGGGGAAAAUAGUCAAUAAAAGUAACUGGUGAAAUUAACAUAAUUAACAGCUUUACUAAUAUGUUAGAGAGAUGAGUUUCGAUUAAUCCCUUUUGAUGCCUAUGUAAGAAAGGCUAUUGUCAAAUAUUCAGUCGAAAAAAAUAAAAAUGCAUGGCAUAUUUCCUGCUUUUCUGAUAAAUAGUUUGGACAUAUUUAGCAUUGUGAACCUGUCACUGUGGAAGAAAAUAUCCCAAUUCUUUAUGCAUAUGUAGUGUUAAGUGCUACUAGGUAUGAUGGAAUUGGCCAAGGAAUAUGCAAAAGUUCUGACCUCUGGGCUGUUCCAAACCCAUGCACAUUGGUCCCAGCCGACAGCCAUCGCUGACUGGCUGCUCUUGGCUUGUUUGAAAUUGCUUGGUGGCCUUUGUUCACAUUCCUGGUUGAAAAAAAAUGUCACUUUUCAGAAGUUGCCUACUUUUGGGGGACAGUUAUCAGCUGAUGUUGCAGGUCGAAGUGAACUGGAUAUUGAAGCCGAUUGUGAAAUGGGGGUUGACCAGAGAAAAAGCAUGGGCUACUGGUAGAGCGAGAAAGGAAAGCUUGCGGCUGCUGACCGUUUCAGGCCUUACUCAGUAAAUGAAGCCCUUCAUUCGCUCUGGAUGUCUAUAAUAAAUCUCCAACAGAUACUUAAAAUCAGUGAUGAACACAGAACGAUCCAGUUCACACCACCUGUGGCACAAAUUGAGCUCUGAGCUGUUUGCCAUACAAAUUGGUGUCUGGAAAGCACAUUUUGAGCACUUGUAAUGCUUCUGCUAAUGUCAUACAUGCCUACAAAUGAAAUGCCAAUUUAUGUUAGAGGUACUAGGAGACACUAGAUAAAGGAAAACUGCAUGCCUCUUUUUUUUAAUCAAAAAUAUCAUUAGAAAUAUUUAGGGCACUUGUCAUCUCUCUUGGUUACCAAAAUAACAGCAAUCCUAGUUUGUUCAUAUCAUAUUGUCUGUUUUGAAGCCUCGGCACAUUUUGGCCAUGUCAUAUUACAGGCAGCAGGGUUCUGAAUAGGGGUGUUUAGAAUAACCUAAUGUCACUUUCAGUCUGGUUGCAUAUAUGUUCUUGUCUUUAUAAAAGGCUUUAACCCUGCCUGAAACAAUAAACAGCACUUGCAAACUGAC